AUGUUCACCACCAAGUCGGUCUCGGUCUCGGAGGCGGGGAUCGCUUCGCCAGACGCCACGCAUCUGCAUCUGCAAGAGAACCUGGUGCGGGUCCGUGAAGUGGGCCGUGGCGCGUCCGGUAUCGUCUUCAAGGCCGUGCACAUUCCGACGCUCAAAGUGGUCGCUAUCAAGGAUGUGCCCGUGUACGGGAAAGGCCAGCGCCGGCAAAUGGUACGGGAGCUCCACGCGCUGUACGCGAACCUCGUGCCGCUCACAGAGUCCCGCACCGCCCCCGUGCGCAUGCCGAGUCCGUACAUCGUAUCGUUCUACGACGCGUUCGUCGACAAGCCCAAGAACUGCAUCUGCCUCGUCAUGGAAUUCAUGGGCGUCGGGUCGCUCCAGGACAUGGUCGUCCACGGCGGGUGCACGUCCGAGGCGAUUCUGUGCCGCAUCGCGUCCAGCGUCCUCCGCGGCCUCGCGCACAUCCACGCCAACCGCAUGGUACAUCGCGACAUCAAGCCCCACAACCUGUUGCUCAACCACGCGGGCGACGUCAAGAUCUCGGACUUUGGCCUCGCACGGACGCUCAACGAGCACGCGAUGCACACCAAGACGUUCGUCGGCACCUUGCUCUACAUGGCGCCCGAGCGCAUCGGCGGCGGCGACUACGGCUACCCCUCGGACAUUUGGUCGUUUGGCCUCGUCUUGCUCUCGGUCGCCCUCGGGCGCUACCCGUUGCCGACACAAGACGGCUUCUUCGGUCUCUUUGAUUCGGUGGCGAACGAAGCCUACCUCAAACUGCCCCCCGACUUGUUUUCGCCGUCGUUGCAAGACUUUCUGGACAAGUGCCUCACGAUCGAGCCGGACGAGCGCUGGACCGCCGACCAGCUCCUCACGCACCCUUUUGUACACCAGUUUACACCCGACGCGACGCUCGCCGAGUGGAAGACCUUUGUCGGUGGCAUGUCGGAACCGCGCGAAAAAUCGCUGCAGGACAUUAGCGACGCCGUCAUGCACCGCGUCUACGACCGUGCGGCCAAGUGUUUUGUGCCACAGUCGGAUUACGGCAUGUCGAUGUUGACGCCGGAAGCGUCGUCCCGCAACGUCAUCUUGCCGCCGGUCGAAACCAGUUUGCAACUGGGGCUGGCCAACUAUUUGGAGCUGCCACCGGCGACGGUCUUUCAGGUCUUUGAGCAGAAACGGAUCGAGUACGAAGAGAAGCUGCUCGAGGAUCACUUGUGCCAAUCGCCGCAGAGCUGGGCCAAUUCACCCGGCGACCAUCGGCGGCAGUCGCUCUUGGGGUCGUCGACGUCGGUCGUGGUCGUCGCCGACGACGACCCGCCGCCCCACACGCGCCGCCCGUCGUUCUGGACGCGACUGCACAACAGCGUGAAAAACCUCGGUCGGCGGAAGGACUCGUAA